UGGCUAGACACGGUCCCCCACGAUGGUUUGAUCCGGUAUUACGGUCUCUGGAAUGAGGAGCGCAUCUUUGCCGCCUCUCCCGAAGCAGUGAAACAGCUGCUGGUGACCAAGCCAAAUGACUAUGUCAAGCCGCGAUUGCAGUUCGUCCUGGCGAAGAAUAUUGCAGCUGAAGGACUGCUGAUCCAGGAAGGCCAAGCGCACAAGGGGGCACGCAAGGCGUACAACCCCGCAUACAACCCCGAACAGACCCGCAAGUCCUACCAGCCCAUGUACCAGGUCGCGGGCCAGAUGCUCGAGGCCAUCGAACGUCAGACUGAACAAGAAACACCGUUCAAAGCGAAAGGUCUGGCGGGCAUUCUCAAGCCAGUGUCUGCAGGCGCCAUUGACAUUGUCGGCCGUCUUGCCUUUUCCCGAGACUUCAACUCGGUCCAGAACCCCCGCGGCAAAGGUUUCGGCCACGCAUAUGUCGAGAUGUUCAAGACGACGCCUCGCGGUCAGUGGACGCUCGAUGCAGCAGCAAAGAUUGGUCCCGAGCUGGCCUUGCGACUUCCUCUGCGUGCAGUGAAGACGAUCAAGGGAGUCAUGGCCUAUGUGCGCGAGACUGCGGAAGAUAUCGUUGCAGAACACGAGGCCCACUUCAAGGCGGACUGCGGUACAGAAUCUUCGGGGAACAACAACGACGAUACGCUGACCACGCUCAUGCGAGCGCACCAUUUCGAACACGAUCACUUGGUCGAUCAAACCGUCCACAUUCUGGCAGCAGCUACGGAAACGGUCUCGGGCAGCAUUGCGUGGGCCAUUCAUCUCUUAUCCCGUUAUCCACACAUACAGCAACGCGUGCGCGACGAAAUUCGAGCACAUCUCCCUGCUCCCGGCAGCGACGAUGCUACCACGUUCUCGGAACAGGUCUUUGAUACACGUCUGCCCUACUUCAACGCAGUGAUCAAAGAAGUGCUUCGUUACCACAGCAUCAACACCAUUCUCUGGCGAGAAAGUGUGAGCAACACGGCUUCGAUUCUGGGACACAGCAUGCCCGUCGGCACGAAGAUUGUCUACAGCCCAUGGGCUUCCAAUCGGGAUCCACGAUACUGGGGAGAGUCGGCGCGCGUGUUUGAUCCGGAACGGUGGUUGACCGCCGGAGCGACGAGUUCGACCCCCAACACGUUCUUGACGUUUGGAGCAGGCACACGAAGGUGUGUAGGGGAGCAGUAUGCACGAGUACAAAUGCGCUGUGUCAUUGCUGCUCUAGUGGGCCGGUUUGAUUUCCAGCCGCAGGAAGGUCGGAUGGAGAUGGAGAGCGAUGAGGGUCAGGAAAUCGGUAGCCAGCAUCCGCUGACCCUGUUCAAGAUUCUCGAAGGAUGGAACUUGAGGGUCACUCGGGUGGAGGGAUGGUGA